AGGUCAGCAGUCAUCCCCUGUACUAUCCACAGUCUCUGGUCAUCCCUGUGCUGUCUGCAGUCUCUGGUCAUCUCCUGUACCGUGUCUGCAGUCUCUGGUCAUCUCCUGUACUGUGUCCGCAGUCUCUGGUCAUCCCUGUGCUGUCCGCAGUCUCUGGUCAUCCCUGUGCUGUCCGCAGUCUAUGGUCAUCUCCUGUACUGUGUCCGCAGUCUCUGGUCAUCCCCUGUACUGUGUCCGCAGUCUCUGGUCAUCUCCUGUACUGUGUCCGCAGUCUCUGGUCAUCUCCUGUACUGUGUCCGCAGUCUCUGGUCAUCUCCUGUACUGUGUCCGCAGUCUCUGGUCAUCUCCUGUACUGUGUCUGCAAUCUCUGGUCAUCUCCUGUACUGUGUCUGCAGUCUCUGGUCAUCCCCGUACUAUGUCCGCAGUCUCUGGUCAUCCCCGUACUAUGUCCGCAGUCUCUGGUCAUCCCCUGUACUGUUUGCAGUCUCUGGUCAUCCCCUGUACUGUCUGCAGUCUCUGGUCAUCCCCUGUACUAUCUGCAGUCUCUGGUCAUCUCCUGUACUAUGUCUGCAGUCUCUGGUCAUCCCCUGUACUGUCUGCAGUCUCUGGUCAUCCCCU